UUUGCUAUUAUUUGGUGGACUGGUUUAGCUGCAGAUGGUGCCACACCUCGUACAUGGGAAGAGCUUAAGGUUGCUAUGCGUGAUAGAUUUGUUCCCCCAUCUUAUCAUAGAGACUUGCGUAAGAAAUUGAUGCGCUUAGAACAGGGAGAUAAAUCUGUGCAGGAUUAUUAUGGUGAGCUUCAAAAGGGCUUGAUGCGUUGUGGCAUAGUAGAGGGAAACGAAGAUUCUAUUUGUCGAUUUUAUUCGGGUUUGAGGCGUGAAAUCCAGGAUAUUAUUGAUUAUAAAGAAUUUAACAAUGUCAACCAGUUGUUUCAGUUUGCUAUGCUUGCAGAGAAGGAGUUGCAGGGGCGUGAGCAGCAGGGCAAGUACAAGGCCAGCACCACAUACACGCCGCGCACAGGACCAUCCUUUGGGCUGUCCAAACCAUCCACUUACAGGGCUCCCUCACCAGCGAGCAAGCAACAAGCAGCUACGGCACCAAAUCCGGUCACUACACGACCUUCAGGCUCAGGUAAAAAUUCUGUUUUGCAGGGACCUUCCAAGAGUGCUUCCUCUGUUGCAUCAACGGGACGCACCUCUGGCAUUCAAUGCCGUCGCUGCCAUGGAUUCGGUCAUGUGCAGAAGGAUUGCCCAAGUCAGCGGGCAUACAUUGCAACGGAAGAUGGGUACAUCAGCGCCUCUGACAUUGAAGAAGAAGAAGAACCAGUUGUUGAGGAGAGCAACGAAAUCUUGGGCAGUGAUGACACAGCGACCUAUAGGAGCAUCAUUGUGCAGCGGGCGCUCAGCACAAAGGUACAACAACCAGAGAAGCUGCAACGCCAUAACUUGUUCCAGAUUUUCUUCGUCAUCCAAAAUCGGCGAGCACGUGUCAUCAUCGAUGGAGGUAGUUGUAAUAAUUUGGUGAGUUCAGAUUUGAUCAAGAAGCUUGGCUUGACCACACGCCAACACCCCCAUCCAUAUAAUCUUCAGUGGUUUAAUGAUGCUGGAAAAGCUAAGGUAACACAAACUUGCAGAGUUUCUUUUUCCAUUGGUUCCUAUGCUGAUUAUGUUGACUGUGAUAUGGUACCUAUGGAAGCUUGCUCACUUUUAUUGGGUCGACCUUGGGAAUUUGAUAAUGAUGCUAUACACCAUGGUAGAAGUAAUACAUAUACUUUUAUGCAUAAAGGAAAGAAAAUUACUUUGGUUCCUAUGACCCCUGCUGAAAUUGUACAAGCUGAUAAAGAACGAGCUGCUAAUUUGCGUGAUACUAAAUCUGAAAAUCAGCAAGUUGCUAAUUCUCUUUACCCACCUAAAAAGGAUAAGUCUACACCUAGUUCUAAGGUAGAGGGCAUAAAAUUGAAGGGUGGUGUUAUGCUUGCACUAAAAAGUGACCUUGCUGAAAUUUCUAAUAAUGAUAUUUGCUACACCUUGGUUUGCAAACGAGUUUUGUAUUCGCUUGAUGAUGUUAUUAGUUCGAUACCUCCUACUGCCACUAACCUUUUGCAGGAGUAUGAUGAUGUUUUUCCAGCUGAGAUACCCCCGGGACUGCCACCUAUGAGAGGGAUAGAGCAUCAAAUCGAUUUGAUCCCGGGAGCAACAUUGCCAAAUCGUGCUGCGUAUCGAACCAAUCCCGAGGAGACUAAGGAAAUUCAGCAGCAAGUCCAAGAGCUUUUGGACCGCGGGUUUUUAUCGUCGUUUCGUGAAGGAUUUCAGCGCCAUUGCUGCCCCCUUACACGAGUUGACAAAGAAAGGUGUGGUGUUCCAUUGGGGUAAGGCACAAGAGGAGUCCUUUGACACUUUGAAGGACAAGCUUACGCACGCGCCAUUGCUGCAACUUCCAAAUUUUGGUAAGACCUUUGAGCUAGAACGUGAUGCUAGUGGAGUUGGCAUUGGAGGUGUUUUGAUGCAAGAAGGUAAGCCCGUUGCAUACUUUAGCGAAAAAUUGCAUGGCCCUGUUCUUAAUUACUCUACGUAUGAUAAGGAAUUGUAUGCACUUGUACGUUCUUUAGAGACGUGGCGUCAUUAUUUGUGGCCUAAAUAAUUUGUUAUACAUUCAGAUCAUGAAUCGCUUAAGUAUCUUCGUUCUCAAAAUAAUCUGAAUCGUAGACAUGCUAAGUGGGUUGAAUUUAUUGAAUCUUUUCCUUAUGUUAUCAAACACAAGAAAGGGAAGGAUAAUAUAAUUGCUGAUGCCUUGUCUAGACGAUAUGCUUUGUUAUCCCAACUUGAUUAUAGAAUUUUUGGACUUGACUCAAUAAAGGAACAAUAUGUGUUUGAUCCUGAUUUUAAAGAUGUAUUGCUGAACUGUAAAGAGGGACGUACAUGGAAUAAGUUUGUGAUCAAUGAUGGAUUUGUGUUUAGAGCUAACCGUCUAUGCAUUCCAGUUGGUUCCGUUCGUCUUUUGUUGUUGCAGGAAGCACAUGGAGGAGGAUUGAUGGGACAUUUUGGUGCUAAGAAGACGGAGGAUAUGUUGGCCUUCAUUGAACCUUCAAGGUCCAAUCACAAGAGCUCGCGCACGACAAUUAAAUUUAGAGGUGAGCUCGUUCCUAAGCAACUCUUUAUAUAAUUUUGAGAAUAGAUUACUACCUAAUGAUUAUGUGUUGUUUAGGAAUCAUGGAGAGGACAAGGAAACACAUAGAGGAAGGCUUGGAGGCGUGGAGGAGCAGCUAGGACGUUCAACAACAGCAGGAGGUCCAGUCCAACUCGAGUCCGAAUCAGCCUCGGCCUCCAGGACCAGCGAGCAAUAAAACGGACGCCCAGGACGCAUCCGGACUCCGUUUUCGACGAUUCACAUAUGGUUGGAAAGAUAAUUUCAUAAGGAAACCAAUGGCGUUGGUUUGAGGUCCAAAUUCCUUCUGAGUCAACGGGAAACGUCGAAACAAGUCAGCGUCCAGAAUCUGUCCCGGUGCUGCGUCACCGUUUUUGGUCCGUUGGGCCAUGUAUCGUGUUGGAGUCCAUUAGGGACGCGUCUAGGGGUCCUUGGCCGACCCUAAUCCUUUAUAUACAGUAGCCGCCGCCCUAAUUAGGGUUGGGUUUUGCUUAGAUUAUUCUGUCAAGAACAGUUUCGCCGUUUCGUCGGUUUGUGAGACCCCAACU